AUGCUGCUCACAUUAUCCCUCCUCAUGCUGUACACCGAUUGGUCUUCUUAUCAGAGAUUCACCCAACACAUCACCGCUGUGUGCUCGAUUCUCAUCAACGCCUUCUUGAUCAUUCUGAUUUUGACAAAAUCACCGUCCGAAUUGGGAGCCUACAAGUACUUGAUGAUCAUCAUUUCCAUCUAUGAGAUCACGUAUUCCCUCGUGGAUGUGAUCGUUGAGCCGGUAGUAAUUACACUAAACCACCAAUAGAAAAGCGGUUGCAGGUUUGGUACUCGGUCGGAUCGGUUUGCGUCGUGCUCGCCGUCACCAAAGGCAAACUAAUCAACGCGUCGGUGAUAGAAGCGAUGAAUUCCGCUUACGCCGGAUGUUUUGGCUUCUCGCUCGCCAUCUUCGCUCUACACUUCAUCUAUCGGUAUAUGGUGAUGAGCGGGUGAGCACUCGAUUCUUUGAAAACACUCAUCCGAUCGUGCUUUUCUAAGAAACCGGCUGCUGAAGUCGUUCGACUCGUGGAAGUUCUUCCUCUGGCUCAGUGGACCGAUAUUUGUGGGCACCUUCUGCAGCAUUGUCGCCGGUGUGAUCUGUGGCCGGAAUGAGGCGAAAGACGAGCGAAUCAGAGCCCCAAUUUUCGAAGCAUUCGGCCUCAAAACCGACGAGUUCACCUACUUUGGCACGUUUCUGUAUUGGGAGUCGGAAAUGUCGCCGAACGGGCUCGCCGGCGUCACGACCUACUCCUUUUUCAUCGUCCUCUCCAUGAUCACCGUGGCGGUUUUCAGUGUGAAGUGUUAUUUCAAAAUUUCGGUGCUCAUGAGCCAUGCACCGAGCUCGGCACACUUCAAGUCUGUCCAAUCGCAACUGUUCUACGCGUUGGUCGCUCAGACCCUCAUUCCGAUUGUGCUCAUCUACAUCCCGUCCACCAUACUCUUCACCAAAAUGUUUCUGGACGAGAAUCUCGGCCAGAUCAGCGACCUAGUCUCCAUCACAAUUGCCAUUUAUCCGGCUAUCGAUCCGUUUCCCACACUCUUCAUGAUCAAGAACUAUCGGAGAGCGAUAUUGGGUGUGUAAUGCCCUUUUUGGAAAUUGAUAAUUCUAUUUGUUAUCUAACCAAUUUCAACUUUCAGGUUGUGUCAGCGGAGCGUGGAGGAGAGUGAAAGAGACGAGUUCGGCGCCGUCAAGAAAUCGCGUGGAACUAGAUGCACAUUAG